AUGUCUGCCGAUUUGCCAUCCUCGAACCCUUUUCGAAGGAAAACACCUUCGACUCUCCCCUCGGCCAUGUCACAACACCCCACUGCAGACAUCCAGAUAUCCUCUCCAUACGAAAAUAUACAGUCAGGAGCUGUUGGCAUAGAGCAGACAGCUCUACCCAAGAAGAUCGCUAAGAAAGUGCGCGUGCAGUCCCCUCCUCCGCCAUCUCCAUCAACACCAUCGAUACCUGAUUCCUCCUCAACGAUUGGGGAUGAUAGCUACAAAACACCCGGCAGACCCCCGUCACCCCCGAAACCGCGGGCAGACGAUCCAUUCGAUAGUGUAAACUCGGACACAUCUGAAGAUGAGGGAUCUAAUAAGCCUACUAAAGCUCCGGCGAAUCCGUUUUCUAAAACCCUGGAGACAAUGGAAAAUCCGGAACGAGAAUUUCCAGCUGCGCAUCCACCGAAUACCGCAGCUGCAGGUAGGGCUUCUAUGGAUGUGGAGGCUUUCAAGAGACUGUUAAUGACGGGCAACGCCGGGCUGGGUACACCUCCAGCACAACCUUCGGCCCCUGCCCAUGUGGCACAUGCUGUCGGAGAUGGGGGGAGUAGCACAGAUACAUCGUCGAUAUCCCGACAGUCUAUCUUCGAGGCAGUACAGGAGCCAUUGCCGGAAUCACCUCGCACAUCACACGAGAUAUCAGAGCCAGAAGAUGACAGAAGAUUGAUAUCAGAGCCGUCAGCAGCACCGAGGAAAAAGCCCCCACCACCGAGCUCGCGCCAUGGCAAAUUGAUAAAGGUUGAACUGCGGGAUGAAGGUACACCAAAUGCACUGCAGUCGCCUCCCACGCCGGGAUCCAUCACUUCACAAAAUUACUUCAGCUCCAGUCCUCGCUCCCAAACCGAUCUCAACAAGCCCUUACCACCAGCGCCGCCUCGCGCCAGCCAUGAGUCAGAGAGAGAAUCUGUUUUUGACAAAGAAUCAGCUGGGAAGACACCAGAACCACCAUCCCCGUCCACAUCUAUACGAAAGAAGAACCCACCAGCACCGCCCCUCUCUCGACGGCAUAGCCAGAUGGUGUCCGGAUUGAAGCUGACAAGGAGUAAUUCUGCCAGAUUGUCACUCAAGCCAGAGGAAGAACUUCCGAGAAUACCGUUACAAGAGAACAGGAGGCCAUCGAUUGAUAGUGUCAGAGCCCCUCCUCCUCCGCCAUCACGGCGGCUAGGAGCAGCAAGAGGAACUUCACACACAACCUUGACAUCUCAGUCGACGGCGUCAUUGCCAGCUCCACCGCCAGCUCGAGGAUCGUCUCGAUCUUUGUCCGGAGGUAAACCUCCAUCAGUCUUAAGUUUAGAUCUCACAUCACCUAAUCCUCCUAACAAAAGAGCUUCCGUAAUGGCGCCCCCACCUCCACCACCUCGUCAUGGACGCAGUAGUAUGGAUGCCCAAUCCCCUGGCAAUUCACAGAGACCUAGCGGUGAAUACUCUCGGCGAAGCAAUGAGAGUGCUCGACGAGGCUCUAAUUUUUCAUCCGGACAACCGGAAAAAGCUACAGAACCCGCAAAUAAACAUGACAUACUGGCAGACCUCAGCAAACUGCAACGCGAAAUCGACGCGCUGCGCCAGAAUGAGACGGGGAGAAUCACAUGA